CUGACGUUUGGUCUCUGCUUGUUGUGGCUGCGCAGCCGAUCCUCCGAGCAGCCGCUGGAGUUAGCAAGGAGCCGGGACGACGACUGUCAGCGGUGACAGUCUUGUCGGUCUUUCAUCUAAACUUUUCCCGGUCGCAGAGGCAGCUGACAGACGGGGGGAGUGCUUUGUCGUGGUUUGUGGACGUAUGGGAGCUCCCUCAGGAGCGGCGAAAGGGAGAAGACACUGCUGCUGGUCCUGACCGCCGGGCAGAAUGAGUGAGGCAGAGGGGCAGUUCUACAGUGUGCAGGUGGGAGACUCCACCUUCACUGUGCUCAAGCGCUACCAGCAGCUCCGUCCCAUUGGCUCUGGGGCUCAAGGCAUCGUCUGCUCUGCUCUGGAUACAGUCUUUGGUAUCCCCGUGGCCGUAAAGAAGCUCUGUCGACCCUUUCAGAAUCAAACCCAUGCCAAACGAGCCUACCGAGAGCUGGUGCUACUAAAAUGUGUCAACCACAAAAAUAUCAUCCGUCUGAUCAAUGUUUUUACGCCUCAGAAGUCUCUGGAGGAGUUCCAGGAUCUGUAUCUGGUGAUGGAGCUGAUGGAUGCCAGCCUCUGCCAGGUGAUCCACAUGGACCUCGAUCAUGAGAGGAUGUCUUACCUGCUCUACCAGAUUCUCUGUGGCAUCAGACACCUGCAUUCGGCAGGUAUCAUUCACAGGGACCUGAAGCCCAGCAACAUUGUGGUGAAGUCCGACUGCACCCUGAAGAUCUUGGACUUUGGGCUGGCAAGGACAGCCUGCACUAACUUCAUGAUGACGCCUUAUGUGGUGACCAGAUACUACCGCGCCCCAGAGGUCAUUCUGGGCAUGAAGUAUAAGGAGAAUGUGGACAUCUGGUCAGUAGGAUGCAUCAUGGGAGAGAUGGUAAAGGGCAGCGUCAUCUUCCAGGGCACAGAUCACAUCGAUCAGUGGAAUAAAGUGAUUGAGAUCCUGGGAACUCCCAGUCUGGAGUUUAUGAACCGACUGAUGGAGACGGUGAGGAACUACGUGAUGAACAAGCCUCAGUACCCGGGCGUCAGCUUCGGCGAGCUGUUCCCAGACUGGGCUUUUCCUUCUGAGUCGGAGCAUGACAAAGUGAAGACCGCUCAAGCUCGGGACUUGCUGUCCAAAAUGCUGGUCAUCGAUCCCGAGUGCCGCAUCUCAGUAGAAGACGCUCUCAAUCACCCCUACAUUCACAUGUGGUACGACCCGUCAGAGGCAGACGCGCCGCCUCCCCAGAUUUCAGAUAAGCAGCUUGAAGAAAGAGAGCACACCAUUGAGCAAUGGAAAGAACUUAUUUAUGAAGAAGUGAUCGACUGGGAAGAGAGGAACAAGAACGGUUUGAUGAAAGAAGACUGCUCAGAUCCGGUGUCAGGCUCCGCCUCCCAGUCAUCCUCGGCCAACGACAUCUCGUCCAUGUCCACGGAGCACACGUUGGCGUCAGACACAGACAGCAGCAGCAUCGACACGCUGACUGGACCACUGGAGGAGAGUCAAUGAACGCAGCCUGCUGCCUCUCAUGUCCAUCUGUCUGCCCACCUUAGUCUGGUCUCCUUUACAAAAUCCAAAAGUCUUGUCAACCCUCGCCUGUCAUUUUGCCUUCAGUCCCACAACCAUAACGUCCUUUUUAGUCUUUACUUUUACAUUUUUAUCCCAUUUCUAACCGAUGUUUUUUUUCCCCCCUCUUCCUUGCAAAAUCAUGGUUUUUCUCCUUGUGUGAUCCAUUCACUUCUAUUUAUUUUGAUGACAGCAGAAGUCAUGUGGAGGGAGGGAGCAUGAUUUGAUUUAUAAUACUUGACUGAUUUGUUUUAAUUUUUUAAAUAAAUAUUAAAGUAAGCCGUUACGUCAUCAAAGUAAAGCGCAGUAGACCUAAGUUCCAGCUUCUCUCGUGCAUGAAAGCCAAACAGAACAGAGGCGUGUCGUCGAUCGGACAUCCUGCUGCCGAUUUCUACUUUGAAUGAAUCUCGCACACGCUCAGACUCUCUGCACUCUGACGUAAGAUCAGUUGCAUGAGUGAUGUGAAUUUUCUCUUCUUACUGCUGGAAAGACGCUGCGGUUGCAGUGAUGGCGUCAUGUUUCCUUACAGUGUUACAUUUGUGAAGUCGUCCUAGUUUGAAUCGAACAAAUCAAAAGUGUGCCUGUUCUGUUGAGACGUUCAACAUUACUGUAGAAAACACGAAACACAAUCAUCUGAUGACUUACAUGCAAACUUUGAUGCUGUUGAUCACAAUCAGAUCCCUAUGCCUAAAAGAGGCAUAAUGAUAAAUAAUGUAUUUUUUGUUGUUCUUGCAAAGUGUUGCACAUAAACCACACAGAAGUCCUAAUGUGGGAACUUAAGUUUCCACACGGGCGGAUUUUUCUCCAAACCAUUCCAUUAAUGCUGGAAAACAGACAAACAAUCAUCCUGUAGAAGACUCGUCAGACUACAUGAAUCACGUUGCAUGAAGGCGUCAGGCCAAGGCGGUGCUUGUUCUUAAGACUUCAGCUCUCCUCUCUGCUACUGUAAUUAGAAGCUCUUGAUUUUGAGGAAUGCACUUUUUCUUUUUGUUGCCUUGUACAUCUAAAGAAGUGAUAUCGACAUGACCUGCUCACUCUUCUUGUAGUUCUCUGUUUUAUGAAAAGAAAAAGUCAGCGGGGAAAGUUUACCGGUCCACCAAAAGCCCUGAAGGUGCGUUUCCAUGACGAUGGAGGUGGCAGAGCCCAGAACCAGCAUGUAGGUCUCACAUGCUGAGGAUGAACUUGAGCUGCUGGUCGGACAGAGCUAUGGACGUGGAAAUAAAGAUACUAUGGAGGACUUUCUGUACACAACCAGGACUUUAUUCUUUCUGUCAUGCCUUAAUGACCUACGGUGGGCAGAAACUGAUGUAAAACGUAGACAGAUGUGGACUGAGCUCUGGAGACCAGGGAUGUCCCGUGUGAUAUGUCUUGACCACCACGUUAUAACUCGGCCAACAUCUUUUAUCCAUCAAAGCUAAUAAAGUGGAUAUCAGUGA